AUGAUGUGCACUCAAGCAGCAUUCAAUUACUAUCUCUUGUUAAUUCUGGCCUCCAUUUUCAUUGUCUGCUCCACAGGUCAAUUAGCACCUGGCAGUCCCGGGAUAGUGACGGUCCCGUCGGGCACGCCGCCGGCAAGCACGAGCACGAGCAACCCAGCUCGGUGGUGCGUGGCCAAGAGCGGAGUGGGGCAGACGGCGCUGCAGGCUGCACUGGACUACGCGUGCGGGCAAGGCAGGGCGGACUGCGGGCCAAUCCAGCCCAGCGGGACUUGCUUUAGCCCUAAUACACUGCAGAAUCACGCCUCAUAUGCUUUCAAUAGCUACUAUCAAAAGAGUUCCGGCCAGGGCUCCUCGGCCUGUGAUUUCUCCGGUGCAGCCACAUUCACCACUACUAAUCCAAGCACUGGUUCUUGCAAUUAUCCCACAUCGUCAUCACCAACUACUACUACACCUUCUACAACGCAAUUUCCACCACCAUAUUUACCGGGGUUGGCUACACCACCAACCAUCCUAAACGGCACCAACCCUUCUUUGGGAGGCUUAGGUGACAGCCCACUGACCGACGACAGCUCUUCACUUUCCAUCUUCACCAGACUCCACCACCACCUGUUUCUCGCCUGCAUUAAUCUUUUCCUCAUUAGGCUUCCACUUUUCGAUAUCUAA